AUGAUGCUGGAGGGCCUUUUCCAGUCCCCCACUUCUGUCCUGCUGUUGGGGACCAUACUGGGCCUGCUGAUUCUCCACCUUUUAUACUCCAGCUUCAGCUCACAAGAAAAGGAACAGGAGCCUCCAGGACCAAGGCCUUUACCCCUGUUUGGAAACUUGUUACAGUUAGACUUAAAUAGACCUGACAAAACUCUCUAUGAGUUUUCAAAGAAAUAUGGAUCUGUAUUUACAGUCUACUUUGGAUCCAGCAAAGUGGUCGUCUUAGCAGGAUUUAAGACAGUCAAGGAGGCUCUGGUCAACUACUCAGAAGAGUUUGGAGACCGAGAAAUUGCCCCCAUAUUUUAUGAUCUGAAUAAAGGCCAUGGGAUCAUUUUUGCAAAUGGAGAAUCAUGGAAAGAGUUGAGACGUUUCUCCCUGACUACCCUGAGAGACUUUGGCAUGGGAAAAAGAUUAGCAGAGGAGAAAAUCUUAGAGGAAUGUCACUAUCUCAUACAAAUGUUUGACCAGCAUAAAGGAAAACCCUUUGAUACGUUGCGUCCGUUGAAUUAUGCGACAUCCAAUAUCAUCUCUUCUAUUGUGUAUGGGAGCAGGUUUGACUACGAUGACCAUCUAUUCCAAACCUUGGUAAAAAGAGCCAAUCAGACCAUAAGGAUUACUGGUUCUGCAACAGUCCAGCUUUACAACAAUUUCCCGAGGCUAUUCAGUUGGGUCAAAAACCGGCAGCAGAUUUUGAGUAAUAUGGAAGCUGCUGCCAGAGAUAUCAAAGAGUUAGUCAAGAAUCUGAAAGACACACUGAACCCUCAUAUAUGCAGGGGGCUUGUGGACUGUUUUCUCGUUCGAAAGCAGAAAGAAGAGGCCUCUUCUGUGAUGGAAACUCACUUCAGUGACACAAACAUGAUAUUUACAGUUGCCAACCUGUUUUCUGCCGGCACUGACACCACUGCAACUACGCUGAGAUGGGCUUUGUUGCUUAUGGCCAAAUAUCCACACAUACAAGAAAAGGUCCACGAGGAGCUGAAAAGGGUGGUGGGAAGCCGUCAGGUCCGGGUCGAUGAUCGUAAAAACCUGCCGUAUAUUGAUGCUGUAAUCCAUGAGACACAGAGAGUAGCGAACAUUGUUCCCAUGAGUUUACCUCACAAAACCAGCCAAGACGUCAUUUUCCAGGGAUACUUCAUCAGAAAGGGGACUGCUGUGUUUCCUCUGCUUACAUCUGUGCUGCAUGAUGAGAGUGAAUGGGAGAGUCCGAACACAUUCAACCCUUCACACUUUCUGGAUGAGGAGGGUAAAUUUGUCAAGCGAGACGCCUUCAUGCCAUUCUCUGCAGGUCGCAGGAUGUGUCUCGGAGAAGGUCUGGCCAAGAUGGAGCUCUUCCUCUUCUUCACCGCCAUCCUCCAGCGAUUCCGUCUCACUCCUCCACCUGGAGUCACAGAGGAUGAACUGGAUUUGAGUCCAGGUCUUGGCUUUGUAGUCAAUCCUUUACCGCAUGAACUUUGUGCUCUCAGCCGAGAGGAAUUGUAAACGUUUGAUAUCUUGACAUUUUAAAUUUCUUUUUCACAUUGCACUGCUUUUGAGAUCAUAACACUAUUAAAAAAAAUAGCUUUACUUUACUU